AUGCAUGCGAAUGUUACUGCAAGAACGGUCAUAGUCCAAACCUACGUCGAUGUCGUGCAGAUGAAGAUGGAAAAGAUGAGAUAUUUGUUCAUCCUUUUGACCGUGGGAGUUGCAAUCCUCUGCUUAUUCCCCCUUAUAUUAACCUUUAUCUUAAGGGACAAGAUCAACUGCUUCCCCUUUGUUCGAGACAUAGUUCGACUCUCCAUGCCGAACCCCGAAGAGUCCGCUUUGCUCUCCCAGUCUCAGUCUCAGGAACCUUCCACGCUCCUUCAGUCCAGGCCUCAGGACCCUGCCAUGUUCUCCCAAUUUAAGCCUGAAGAGCCUGCAAUACUCUCCCCAUCCGCGCCUCAGGACCCUGCCAUACCCUUCCAAUCGAAGCCUCAGGACCCUGCCACGUUAUCCGAAUCCAGGCCUGAGGAGCCUGCAAUACUCCUCCAGUCCGCGCCUCAGGACACUGCCAUGUCCUUUCAAUCCGCGCCUCAGGAUCCUACCACGCUCCUCCAAUCCGCGCCUCAGGACCCUGCCAUGUUAUCCCAAUCCAAGCCUGAGGAGCAUGCAAUACUCCUGCAAUCCGCACCUCAGGACCCUGCCAUGUCCUUCCAGUCCGUGCCUCAGGUCCCUUCCACGUUAUCCCAACCCAAACCUGAAGUACUCCCCCCAUCCGCGCCUCAGGACCCUGCCAGGCUACCCCAAUCCGGGCCUCACGCGCCAUCUCUUAACAGGACAGCGAGAUAUUUGGGACAGCCAAUGCAAGGACACGAUAACAAUCUGCUCCUGAAGCCGGUAUAUCCCCAUAUCGUCAUUUACAACCGCGUUCCGAAGUGUGCGUCCGCUACAAUGCUGCGUAUAUGCCUUAGCUUAUCAAAGAGCAACAAGUUCUCCUUCAACAACAUGAGGGAUUUGGGGAGGCACACGAGCCGGGCUGAUCAGGUGAAGCUUGCCAAGUGGAUUUUCAGACGCUCUGUCACCUCACGACACUUCUUCUUCGAGCACAUGUCUUACUUCAAUUUCAGCAGAGUGGGUUUCUGGGAACCGACUUGGAUCAACGUGGUGCGAGAUCCGGUAAAGAGGUACAUCAGCCACUACUACUUCAAGGGACCCAAUCAGACCCUGGACGUCUGCAUAGGCACCGGCAAGUGUGACUUCAAGCACGGGAAGAAUAAGAUUCCCUCGCAGAUCUCUUACUUCAUUGGAUACAACCCGAUUUCGAAAUUGAAGCUGAAUGCCCGAUCCUUACAAAUGGCCAAACAUGUGGUCGAGAGAGUAUUCGUGGUUGUGGGAAUCCAGGAAGAGUUGGAUAACACGCUUCUGGUCUUACAACAUCUUCUCCCCAACUUCUUCGGAGGCGCUACGGAAAUAGAGUAUAAAAACUGGAACAUCCAAGCUUCGAAACCACCGACUUCGAACAAAACACUAGCGGUUCUCCAACGCUGGUUGAAGGUCGACCUCGAAUUCUACGAUUAUUUGAAACAACGAUUCCACAAGCAGCUGGAAAGAGUUACGGAACAACUGAGGAAUAAUCAAUUGUAG